ACUGAAUACCCAGAGUUAUUCACUAUAUUGACGGAAUACCCAGAGUUAUUCACUAUAUUGACUGAAUACCCAGAGGUAUUCACUAUAUUGACUGAAUACCCAGAGGUAUUCACUAUAUUGACUGAAUACCCAGAGGUAUUCACUAUAUAGACUGAAUAACCAGAGUUGUUCACUACAUUGACUGAAUACCCAGAGUUAUUCACUAUAUCGACUAAAUACCCAGAGUUAUUCACUACAUUGACUGAAUACCCAGCGUAUUCACUAGUAUAGAAUACCAGAGGUAUUCACUAUAAUGACUGGAAUACCCAGAGGUAUUCACAAUGGACUGAAUACCCAGAGGUAUUCCUUAGGACGAAAUACAGAGUUGUUCACUACAUUGGACUGAAUACCCAGAGUUAUUCACUAUAUCGACUAAAUACCCAGAGUUAUUCACUACAUUGACUGAAUACCCAGAGUUAUUCACUACAUUGACUGAAUACCCAGAGUUAUUCACUAUAUCGACUGAAUACCCAGAGUUAUUCACUAUAUAGACUGAAUACCCAGAGUUAUUCACUAUAUCGACUGAAUACCCAGAGUUAUUCACUACAUUAACUGAAUACUCAGAGUUAUUCACUAUAUUGACUGAAUACCCAGAGUUAUUCACUACAUUAACUGGAAUUCCAGAGUUAUUCACUAUAUUGACUGAAUACCCAGAGUUAUUCACUACAUUGACUGAAUACCCAGAGCUAUUCACUAUAUCGACUGAAUACCCAGAGUUAUUCACUAUAUCGACUGAAUACCCAGAGUUAUUCACUAUAUAG